AUGAUCUUGCAUAAUAUUCAAAAAUUGCUGAAAAUUCCUUCAAAGAAAAACGGAAAAACAAAGAAAAAGGCAAAAGAGACUAAUAAAAGGUCUAAAGCAGAAACAAUAUGUCGCCCACAAAAGAGGAACUUCCUAAUUUACAGUUUAGAGUGAUGGAAUUUUAGAGAUAAAUGAGAUCAAUAUAUUGAAUCAAUAAAAAAUGAUCUAAAACUGAAAAAUGAAAAAUCAGUUUAUAUGAAGAAUCAGCGAAUUCUUUAUAAAAUGGAAAAUGAAUUUAAUUCACAAGAAAUUAUAGUCAAAAAGAACAGGAAAUUCAAGCUUUCUAAAUUAAAAUUAACGGGAGUUAUGUUGAAAAUUGGAAUAUAA